AACCCUAAAGCGGAGGUUGUUUAAUACACACAGCUCCACGAUGACUGACGCUAUGCCGCCGUCAAAGUUCGAAGACGCCGAUGAAACCAUCGAAGAAGCAGCCACUGCAACCUCCAACAUGGAGGAAGAUUCCGCCAUGUGCGAACCUCACGAUUCUUCCACUGAUAAGACCAGUGCUGAUUAUUACUUCGAUUCAUACUCUCACUUUGGUAUUCAUGAGGAAAUGCUGAAGGAUGUGGUGAGAACCAAGACUUAUCAAAAUGUCAUCUACAAAAACAAAUUUUUAUUCAAAGACAAGAUUGUUCUUGACGUUGGUGCCGGGACCGGAAUAUUAUCCCUCUUCUGUGCAAAAGCUGGGGCAAAACAUGUUUAUGCUAUUGAGUGCUCACAGAUGGCUGACAUGGCACAAGAGAUUGUUAAGGCGAACGGUUUUUCAAAUGUUAUAACUGUUUUGAAGGGAAAAGUUGAAGAAAUCGACCUUCCAGUUCCACAAGUCGAUAUUAUUAUUUCGGAAUGGAUGGGUUACUUUCUGUUAUACGAGAAUAUGUUGAAUACAGUUUUAUAUGCUCGUGAUAAGUGGCUGGUUAGCGAUGGAAUCGUGCUACCUGAUAAUGCAACACUUCAUCUGACAGCAAUAGAGGACUCCGAAUACAAAGAGGACAAGAUUGAAUUUUGGAAAAACGUGUACGGCUUUGACAUGAGCUGCAUCAGGAAACAGUCGAUGAUGGAACCUCUUGUUGACACAGUUGACCAGAAUCAGAUCGUUACAAAUUGUCAGUUACUUAAGAGCAUGAAUAUCUCCAAGAUGACGUCUGGAGAUGCAUCGUUUACAGCGCCUUUCAAGCUUGUGGCCGAGCGUGAUGAUUACAUUCAUGCUCUUGUAGCUUACUUUGAUGUCGCUUUUACUGUUUGCCACAAAAUGACAGGAUUCUCUACAGGGCCAAGGUCAAAGAAUACACAUUGGAAACAAACAGUGCUAUAUCUCGAAGAUGUGUUAACUAUAUGCCAAGGGGAGUUUGUGGUUGGAACCAUGACAGUGACGCAAAACAAGAAAAAUCCCCGAGACAUUGACAUCACACUCAAAUACUCAUUAAACGGUCGUCGUUGCAAUGUGUCGAGGACCCAAGAAUACAAGAUGCGUUGAGUUGGUCGUGCUUGUUUUUGUAUUGGGGAAUUACAGGGAAUUGGGGUCGUUUUGCAAGUUGAUUGCAAUUUCCUAGUUUAUCAUUAAUUUUUGUAUCCUAAAUUGGUAAUUUUCAUUCAUCAUGAUUUUAUGACAUUUUCGAUGAUUAUUAUAACGGUGUUGGUUUUAGAUCUCA